GGAGACGAACACCAUUUUGUGGCAGGUUCAUUUAAAACGGGGUACUAAAAUCAGGUACUUCCGAAAAUAGAACUGACCUAAGGCAUGUGGUCAGUCCAUGUUAAGGGCUAUCUUAGGCUCAAUCUACAUAAUGUAUAUUGCCCUCAAACCCAAUCAUACAUUCCAAAAUGACUUAAUUUUACUGUACUUAAAAGCCCUACAUUCUUGAAGCCCUGUUUGCAUGUGCCUAUUUACACGGCCUACACUUCCUUGUCUACUGUCACUGUCAGAAGCUUAUACAAACUGCGUUCUGUUUGUAUAACAGAUUCGGUAAUUAAUAAGAUAAAGAUUACUGAAUUCAUAAAGUAAAGAAAUAAGAAUGUGUUUGGCCUUACUGAAUAAAUGCUAUCGAAUUUGACAUGAUCUAAAAUCUCAACUUUAUUCCAUAAUUAUGGCCUUUAUUACCUAACUUUUUCAUGCAUAUUAUUGCAUGAACUCCAUGAACUUGAUCAGCAGAGACUGACAUUGAUGGCAAGGUCACCUUGUUGAAAAGUUUUAUAAUGUGAAGGGUGUGUUUCUUAAAAUGGUGCAUUUGAACUUUUUGAAGGUUCUUCUGUCUAAUGUACUUUCCGAAAGUCUCGAGAAAACAAAAUUACUUAGAAAGAGAGAUUGCCAUUGUCAUUAUGGGAUCGAAUAACCUUGCAAAUAUGGUUUCCUAUAAAAGGCAUUCACUCAAAGGAUGGGAUGGUUAGUUGCAUUAAAAAUCUUGACAAAGUUUGUGAGACUUGGAGAAAGUGGGAAAAUGAGACGGAAUAUUUUGAUCGGUGUCAUCUUCACUGUCUUGAUCACUGAGGCAUUUGCUCAGUAUGGAAUCCCGGAUGAUGACGAUGAGGUCCCCAGAGCUCGAUCAAUGCCGGCUGGUAACCACCGAAUGAGGAAAAGCGUGUCCCUUGUGGAAGAAGAGGAUACUUUCGGCCCCAGCAUUUUCCAGAUUUCUUCACGAUCUGAUCCUUUGAAAAAUAUGGAGAAAGUAAAAAUGUUUGCGUCCAGCCCGGUUUUCACGAGCCAAGGAACUUUUGAAAUCAAGAAAGCAAUUCCCAUCGUGAAAUUCAAAUUCAUGGACGAUCAUUUGGGGAGAUACAACUUUGAAACCAUUUCUGGCGAUGGGACAUCUCAGAAGAGAGAAGGAUCCUUAAAGAAGCUGAAAGAAGGGACGGGAAGUGUUAUGCAGGGCUCAUAUGAGUACGUUGGAGAUGAUGGAAAGACGUACUCUGUUAGUUGGAAAGCCGACGAGGAUGGAUUCCAAGCAUCGGGGGCUCACUUACUAACAAAAUAAUUGAAACUAAUAGUUGAAAUACUUCUUAAUUGUGAUACGAUGUAUUCAUGAGACUUUUGUUACUGUGAUUUGCAUGGAUUUUACUUCUGGGUUAUUAGGACACGAAAAAAGUUCAAUAAAUAAGCUCUUUAUGUUUUGCACAA